UCGGCACCAUUGUUGUCAGCCAUUUAUAUCGUCCAUUAUUAAAAUAAUGAGCGAUGACGCCUAAAUUUUCUGCCACAAAUUUUAUUACAAAAAAAAUUUGCCAUUGAAAAAUACAUUAAAAAUGUAAAUAUAAUUGAUUUUUCAUUUAUUUAAUUUCUCUCAAAAUUUGAGUGUAAUAAAAAAAAAAAAAAAAAACUUUUCAAUGUUUUCAAAAAAGUGUCGGAGAAUUCUUUUUUUUCACUUAUUCUUCAUUGCCACGAUGUUCACAAAAUUGUAAAAUCAAAAAAGAAAAUACGAUGGAAUCGCAAAAUUCGGGUAUUCUAACCUCUUGCGAUGUUAGUGAUCAACUAUUAAUGAAUAAUUCUAAUGUUGGAAAAAAUAUGAAAAACAAUGGCAUCGAGGAGGAAUUUUUUUUAGUUCCCGAAGAAACGAGUGAAUUGCAAAUAAUUGAAAGAGAAGACGAUGAAGUUGAUAAAUUAUCACAAAUGUGUCGAACAUGUGGAACCGUCAACGAUCAUCUUAUUCCAAUAUUUAAAGAAGAUGGCCUCGAGCACAAUUUUUCCAGUAAAAUAGAAAAACAUCUACCGAUGAAGGUAUGUGAAACGGAUAUUUUACCUCUGCAAUUGUGUUAUCAAUGUGCUGCCACAUUGCUCGCCUUUGAUGAACUUGCCGAAAGUGUUCUAACAGUACAAAGUCGCCUUUUGCGUCUGCAAGAACAAGCAGAACAAAGAAGGCCGGUUAUUUUUCAAGAAACUGCGAAAGCUGCAGAAAACACACAAUUCCAACAGAAAGAAUCGGAAGAGGAACAACCAAUUCAAGUCGAGAUUAACGAAAAUCCAAAAACCGAAAGGUCCAGUAGAGCACAGACACCAUUUAACGUAUUUCUCGAUACAAUGUGGCCCUCAAAACGAAGACAACGAAGUGAAAUGCCUACAGAAAAAAUCCCAACUAAUCAAACGGAUCCUAUGAAUAUUUGGAUAAACACCUCACUAACACUGCCAAUAUUCGAUCAAGAAUCAACUAAUAUUAUUACAAAAGACAAUCAACAACAACAACAGGAAUUUGAAUUUAUCACUGAAAUUCCAUUAAGUAAUAACGACACCGACAGCGAUGAAUUAAAUUGGAAAUGUAAAACAUGUACACUUGAAUUUGAUUCAGCAAUGGAAUUAAAUGAACAUGCAAAAACACACAAUUCCCAAGUGCCAUUUCGUUGUGUUGAGUGCGGUCGUGGUUUUAAAUUAAAAGAUUCAUUUCUUCGUCAUUCACGUAUUCAUCGUGAUGAACGUCCAUUUACAUGUCACGUGUGUGGUAAACAAUUUCGUGAUUCUGGUGGAUUAUCGCGUCAUCUUAAGGAUGUUCAUGCAAAAUUAAAAAAAUUUCCCUGCGAUCUUUGUGAUAGUAGUUUUGCAUCAAAAGCAACGCGCGACGAUCAUCGUCGUACACAUACGGGUGAACGUCCCUAUAUUUGUGAUUGUUGUGGUAAAACAUUUAAAUCAAAAGCAUCACUCUAUAUACACAGUAAAUUGCAUACUGAUGAAUUUCCCCAUCCAUGUUCAUAUUGUGAGAAGAAAUUUCGUCGCCGUCAAGAAAUGUUGGCACACGUGACAACGCAUACGGGGGAAAAAAAUUUUGCCUGCGAUAUUUGCUCAAAACGAUUUCGCGUUAAAUCGGAAUUGAUGCGUCAUCGUUUGAUACAUUCGGACGAUAAGCCAUUUAGUUGUACAAAAUGUGGCCUUGCAUUUCGACAGAAACGAUAUUUGAAUAAUCAUUUUAAAAGUCGACAUUUAGAUCUUCUGAAUGUUUUUCUCAAAUUUGAAAUUAAAUUCAUCAGAUGCUGCACAAGGACCUUGUCCACAAUCCGCGCCAUUCGAAAGACUCAUUCAAAACCAAUGGACGAAUCAUCAGAAAGAAUUUCCGAAUUAUCAAUUAUUAAUAAUUCCGAAUUUAUUAUUGAAAAUGAAUAUUUUUGUGAACAUUGUCGAGAAUCGUUUGCCGAUAAAUUACAAUUAAUAAAACAUCUUGCAUUGUGCUAUCGACAACAAGAAAUUGAAAAAACAUCACGUCAAAAGCGUAUAAGACAAAAAUCAUAUCCCUGUAUGCAUUGUGAUUUUGAGACAAAAAAAAAGAAAUUUCUCGAUGAACAUACACGUGAUGUACAUCCAGAAUUAAUUCGUUCACAUAAAAGUUGUCUCGAUAAACGUGCUGUUGCCAAGGCAAAAAUGGAGGCAAACGGUAAAAUUUAUUAUCAUUGUCAUGAAUGUGGAAAAAAUCUCUAUUCACCAUAUACAUUCUCAUGGCAUCAACGUAUUCAUACUGGUGAACGUCCAUUCACAUGUCAUUUAUGUGGUAAACAAUUUCGCGUUAAUCAAGGAUUAGCACGUCAUUUACGUGAGACACAUGCACGUAUUAAAAAAUUUCCCUGCGAUAUUUGUGGUACAAUGUUUACAACAAAACGUAAUGUCGAUGAUCAUCGUCGUAUUCAUACGGGUGAACGUCCAUAUGUUUGUAAUAUUUGUGGUAAAGCAUUUAAACAAAAAGCAUCAUUAUUUGUUCACAAUCGUACACAUUCGGAUCAAUUUCCAUUUAAAUGUUCACAUUGUGGACAGGGUUUUCGCACUAAAACACCAUUACAAGUUCAUAUAACAAAACACACUGGCGAAAAACCAUAUGCUUGCGAUAUUUGUCAACGUAAUUUUCGUAUAAAAUUUGAAUUAAAACGACAUCGUCUCGUUCAUUUUGAUGAGAAACCAUGGCAAUGUCAAGAGUGUCAUCAAUCAUUUCGACAAAAGCGCUAUCUUGUCAAACAUCAGAAAAUGAAUCAUAAGAUUAGUUUUCCAAAUUUUUCGUAACUGUGACCUUUGUGUAAAAAAAAAAAAAAAAUGUUACAAAAAUUUCAGAGUGUCUACUAACUGGAAAAUAAUUGGGAAUUUAAAUUAGAAAAAAGAAAAAAAUUACUAGGGAAAAUUGGAAUUUUUCUUUCGUUGAAAGCUGGAAAAAUGAGAAAUAUUUUUUCAAUUUUAGGUAAUUUCCUCUACCUAGUCAAGAGGCAAAAAAAAGCAAUUUUUAUUCAAAGAAAGUGUUUAAUUUAUUAAAAUGGAAUUUU